CUUAAACUAAAACAAUUUUAAAAAUAAGUUAAUAAAUUAAUAAAUAACUAAAUAGUGAAAUAAAUUAUCUGUAACAGAUAAAUAAUUGAUAAUAAAAUAAAUAAAUAGUAAUACAAUAUAAAUUUAUUAGUGAUUAAAUCGAUCGAUGAAAUGUGUCGUGGCUGCGCAACUCUGUCAUUAAAAAAAUUAAUUUUCACAAGAAUUCAUUGAAAUGUAUUACAACAUUCAAUUUUCUUUUAAAAUAUAAAUAAUAGUAAUUAUCAUAAUGAUGGUUAUUUAGAUAAUUAAAUUAAUUGUAUAUGUAUAUAUAUAUAUCCAUAAAUUAUAAAAUUCAAAUGUAAAGCGCGUAAAAAAUAAUAAGAGAGUAGGGAAAGAUGGCGGAUUGUGCAUCAGAAGUUGAUAAUACUUCUUGCAAUGAUUGCGGAAUUAAUAAUUCGGGAUUAACAACAACAAUGAUUAACAAUGGACGUUUAACUGGACAACAUAAAUUAAAUUCAGUUGUUGGUGGUGGAGGAGGAGCAGGUGGUGGAGGUGGUGUUAUCGGUGGCAAUCCUAUAGGACAAGGGCCACGUUGCGUUACAAUUUAUAAAACUGAAACGGGUUUUGGUUUUAAUGUACGUGGUCAAGUUAGUGAAGGUGGACAAUUACGUAGUAUUAAUGGUGAAUUAUAUGCACCUCUACAGCAUGUCAGUGCAGUUUUACCACAUGGUGCUGCUGAAAAAGCUGGUGUCAGAAAGGGUGAUCGUAUUUUAGAAGUAAAUAAUAUAAAUGUAGAAGGAGCAACACAUAAACAAGUAGUUGAUUUAAUCAAAUCUGGCGGUGAUGUCUUGACAUUGACCGUUAUUUCGGUUACACCACAAGAAGCUGAAAGAUUGGAACCAUGUGAAGAUUUAAGUUAUGCCUCAGUUGACUACAGUGAGAAGCGUUCUUUACCGAUAAGCGUUCCAGAUUACCACGUGCGUGAGCGUAAGCAUGAGCGAUACGUUGUCUUUAACGUCUACAUGGCUGGUCGUCAUCUUUGCUCGCGACGUUAUCGUGAAUUUGCUGCUUUACAUAUGGCUUUGAAAAAAGAGUUUAUUGGCUUUAACUUUCCUAAAUUACCUGGAAAAUGGCCUUUUCAAUUGAGCGAACAGCAACUGGACGCACGUCGUCGUGGAUUAGAGCAAUAUCUAGAAAAAGUAUGUGCAGUCCGAGUGAUUGCUGAAAGUGAUGCGAUGCAAGAAUUUUUAACUGAUCGUUUGGAAGAGGACGGUGAUCAGGGACCAGCAGUUGAUUUAAAAAUUCUUUUACCUGAUCGUCAAGUUGUCACUGUAACUGUUGCAAAAGCAUCACUUGCUAAAAAUGUUUACGAAGCAACUUGCAAUAAAAUUGGGCUUGAUAAUGAAACAGCUAAAUAUUUUUAUCUAUUUGAAAUUGUUGAAUAUAAUUUUGAACGUAAACUUCAACCUCAUGAGCAUCCUCACACUCUUUAUAUACAAAAUUAUUCAACAGCUAGUGCAACAUGUUUAUCAAUAAGACGAUGGCUGUUUGACUUAACUCAUUCAUCAUUAACUGAGCAGGCAUUGACUUGGAUAUUUUGGCAAACCAUUGAUGAAGUUAAUCGUGGACAUAUCAUUGCUGGAGAACGAUUAUAUCAAUUAAAAGCUCUACAAGAUGCUUCAAGAAAAAAUGAAUAUUUGAAACUUGCUCAAGAGCUCAGUGGAUAUGGGGACAUUGUUUUUCCUCAUUGUCCUUGCGACUCAAGAAAAGAAGGACACGUGAUUGCCGCUGUGGGUGCUGGUGCUUUUAAACUUCACGCUGCCAAGGAAGAUGGAACACUUGAGAGCCAAGUCGUUGAAUUUUUGUGGAAAAAUAUUACGAGAUGGGAAGUUGAUGAAGAAGGAAUGGCUUUUUGUUUUCAGUACACGAGAUCAGAUAAUCGACCGCCUAGAUGGCUUAAAGUCUUUACUCCUUAUUAUGUAUUUCUUCAAGAUUGUUUUGACCGGAUAGCCGAAGAAGCUAAAUGGAAUGAAGGAGAAGAAUAACCCGAAGACAUUAUUGAAAAGUAAAUAUUUUUAAUUCAACAACUUUAAUAAUAAUGGAAAAAAAAAAAAAAAAAAAAAAAAAAACACAAGGGACUGUAGCAAAAUUUGGUCUAUUCUAUGAGCAGCUAAAAAAUACUUAUUUAUUUACAAACAAAAUUAUUUAUUGAAAAAAAAACUAUAUAUAUAUAUUUUUUUUUUGUUAUAUUUGGAUUUAAAAAAAAAUAGGGGGAAAAAAUUAUAACUGUUAUCAAAAUUUAUUAAUAUUUAUUUUAUUUAAAAUAAUGAAUAACUUAUUACUUUAUCAUUUUUUCGGAAAUUAUUUAAUAAUUCCAUAUUUUACUUUUCUAUAUCAUGAAUUAUUUAGAUAACGAUGUAUAUAUCAUCAAUAUAU